AUGAGGAAAUCAAUUGAGAUUGGGGAGUUUAGAGGAUUUGGGAUUAGUGGGAGUUGUGUAGUCGACACUCUUCAAUUUGCUAAUGAUAUGUUGUUAGUAGGGGAAGGAUCUUGGAAGCAUGUGUGGGCUAUUAAGGCAGUUUUAAGAGCUUUUGAGCUUGUUUUGGGUCUCGGUAUCAACUAUCAUAAUAGUAAAUUGAUUGGUAUCAAUGUUAAUAACAAUUUCUUGAAUGUUGCUUCUUAUGUUCUUUCUAGCAAGGUGAAGGAUUGCAACUUUUAUUUUCUUGGGAUACCCAUUGGUUGUAAUCCGAGGAACUCUUUGUCUUGGCUCCCUCUCUUGUCUAAGACGAAGAAGUGUUUAUCAGGUUGGAAAAAUCAUUUUCUUAGUAUGCGUGGUAGGAUCACUCUUUUGAAAUCAAUUCUUAGCUCUCUCACUAUAUCCACCAUGAAUUUUUAUAAAAUGUCGGUUAAGGUUCUCAAUUAG